AUGACGUCACAUGUUGGAGCCUACAGAGAGAAAUUUACACCAAGUUACAGCAUCAUGGCAAACAGUGCAAGUGACACACCUUGUGGUCUUGAAAAGCCCAAAAUGAAGGUCAUACCUCCUGUUAUCAAGAUCAAAAGUAGAAGGCACAGCUUGACCUGUUCAGCACCUCUUUGCCAGUCAAGUGUGGCAUGUCGUUUUUUCAAAGAAGAUGAUUCAGAACCUUUCCAAUUGGUGAGCUCUGAUAGUAACCAGUGUAAUUUCACUGUGACUGGUGAAGAGCUUUUGAAAAACAUGAAUGUAAUGAUGGAAGAUCUGUAUUUCAGUUGUGAUUAUAAAGAUACUAUCACCAGUGCAGUCUCCAACAGAAGUGACAGUCUAAAAGUGAUCAAAAGGGAAGUGAAAGCUGAUAUUUAUAUACACACAUCAGAAAUUUUCCAUAAAGGCAGUGUCAUGGUUAAAUGUGAAGGGGAUCGGCGAGGAAGAGGAGUUUGCAUUUUUUAUAAAAACAAAAUUUCAUUCCAGUCAGCCACAUACAACCACCAUGGUAAAGCCUGCGUAAUUUCAGUUUUUGGGCUGGCACUGUUGAAUCAGAGAUCUGAGGAAAACCCUACUGAAGUAAGUCUGAGCUGUGAAAUUGAAUUGAUAACCAAAACUGGGAAGUGGACCUCUCGACACAGCAAUAUGGUGACGGUAAAGAUUCAAGGCAAUCUUGGAAAGCCAGAACUGGCAGUAACUCCUUAUGUGACUCUAAAAGAAAAUCAGAUUAAUUUAAUCUGUGAAUUGCCUCGAACCUUCUUCAAUGUCAAGUGUAAUUUCUACAGAGGUAAUAACACAAACCCAUUUGUAUCAGCAAAAACAGACAGUGACAUUUGUGAAAGAUCUGUAAUUGGCCAUGAGCUGCUGGAAAGUGGAGCUACAGGAAUGGAAACUACGGUUCAGCUGCGUUGUGACUACACUGUGACUCAGAGCCCUGAGACGCAUUCACAGUACAGCGAGUACAUGAGCAUAAGGGUGAUGGAUAUUCGUAAACCAGAGAUAUCUUUUACUGACAAAAGUAAUACUAUAAUUGUCUGCAAAGCUCCUCCUAAUGUCACCAAAGUCCACUUCUACCUGUAUCAGGAAGGGAAGGAGGAUCCAGUUGCCACUGUGGAGGGACAAGAGAAUCAGACCUCGGCUGUUUUUCAGCUGAAUAAGGACAAUGACAGCACAUUGGCGAGACACUGGUGUCAGUAUGAAUAUAAAGAUGUGAACUCAACAUGGAGUGAUUCAAUUGGGCCAGAAAGUGGUUUAGAUAGUGCCUUAAUAACCAUGGGCUUGAUUAUUGGAUUAUUUUUCAUAUCUAUGGGCACUCUUCAUCUAUACGCAUUUUAUAAUCAGCAGUAA